AUGACAUCCUAUGACCGUCAUGCCUCCCACGAUUCUCCAUACCGUACUGGAAAACACGUCCCGCUCAGUCAAAGCCGCCACGAGCCACUCACAUCGAUCGCAACCAGCGCAAUCGAAUCGCGACCGGACCUCUCCAACCCCUACGAUGACGAGCCAACAAAAGGAUCCGCUAAUUCACAAGCAACCGAGUGGACUGGUUCACCCGAUGACGUGGACUCUCCAAGUCGCCCUUACUCGCCCGGAAUGAGGUCGGUCGCAUCUCAAAAGAGACGGUCAAACGACCAGGGUGAAGGCCCACCAGAGAUCCAGAUGCAGAGUUUCCACGAUGGAGCACCACCACCGCCCCCCGUGGCUCACUCUUGGAGGAAGAUCGAGCGCUGGUUAGAACAGAAUUAUGAGGAACUCCUUGACCAGCUCGGUGAAGGGUGUACCCAGAACGACAUUAACGAAUUGGAGCAUGAGCUAGAUUGCAGUCUCCCCUUGGAGUUGCGAGAAUCCUUGAUGCACCACGACGGCCAGGAACGUGGCGGUCUGCCUACCGGUGUUCUCUUCAGUGCCAUGCUUCUGGACUGCGAGGAGAUCGUUCAAGAAUGGCGGAACUGGAAGAUCGUCAACGAAGAAUAUUUCGGUUCCUCGACUUAUAUGCAAAAUCCCGUGUCCAGCUCUGCAGCAAGCUCCUCGGCCGCUCCCCAGCAAACUUCCACCACGUGGCGCUCAGAACUGCUCGAUCGUCAAGACUCUCAGCCGCCUGGGGCCGUCCAAAAAGCUUACGCACACCCCGCGUGGAUCCCCCUCGCCCGCGACUGGGGUGGUAACCACCUCGCCAUUGAUCUGGCGCCCGGCCCCGCCGGAAAAUGGGGCCAGGUGAUUAUCUUCGGUCGUGAUUACGACUGCAAAUAUGUCGUGGCCCGGUCUUGGGCUGCUUUCCUCGCUACUUUCGCCGAGGACCUGUGCAGUGGCAAGGUCAUUGUCGACGAGGAGACGAAUGAGCUGAAACUGAAGGAGUUCAAGUCCCAGAAUGUCGAACCCCCUUACCUGGAAAUUCUGCGCUGGAGGACGGAUCAGAAGUACGGCCGCCGGGCGCCCCGACGGAAGGGCCCUGCCAACGGUCUGGGUGUGAAUGCUUCCGGAAACCGGUCCAGUAGUCGGGAAUCGCCCUACGGCAGCCCGACCCGAGCUGAAGAGCGUGGCCGCUCACCACACCGAUUCUCCAAGGGCGGAAACGCCCAGAGCCCCAAGACGCCAUUCGGCAUGUCUAGCCCUCUUGCUCGUGUGACGGAAGAAACCACAAGUCCCAUCGUCACCGCAGGACCUGCGAUCUCUGAAGACCCCAAAGAAAACGGAAAGGAGCCUCAGAGUGACGAUCUGAUGGAGGUUGCCACGCCGCAAAUCUCUAACAAGGAGAAUGAAGGGUUCCCCAAGCCCAACGAACUCAAGGAAACCGACAAGGCAGAUAAGACAGAGAAAUCCGACGCGGAAUCCUCUGUCAUGGAUUCAGAGGUCCUUGGUGAAAUGAAGAACGUGGCUAUUUGA